GAGAAUCCAGGAACGGGAUAAACAGCGGCUUGAUCGAGUGCAACCAGAAGAAGAACUUCAGUGGCCAAAAAAAAUUCAGGAAGAUGAAAAGCAAAAAAGAGAAGAAAUAACCAAGAAGAAGGAAAACGAAGAUAAGGGGAAACAAGAAAUGCAAGAAAAACUGAGUAAGCUUUUCCAACCACAUCAAGAGCCAGUCAAGCCAGCUGUCCAGGCUCCUUGGUCAAAUGCAGAAAAAGCUCCUCUCACCAUUUCUGCUCAGGAGGAUGUAAAAAUAGUGUAUUAUAGAGCACUGUAUCCUUUUGAAUCAAGAAGCCACGAUGAAAUCACUAUUCAGCCUGGCGACAUAGUCAUGGUUAAAAGGGAAUGGGUGGAUGAAAGCCAGACUGGAGAACCAGGGUGGCUUGGAGGAGAAUUGAAGGGGAAAACUGGAUGGUUCCCUGCAAACUAUGCAGAGAAAAUACCUGAAAAUGAAGUUCCAGCUUCUGUAAAGCCAGCAGUCGAGGCAGCUGCUGCACCUAAAGUUUCUGUGCAUGAAACCACUACAUCGCAAGGAACUCCUGCUUCUACGGAGUGUACCACAACUGCCAAUAACUGGGCAGACUUCAGUUCAACAUGGCCAGCAAACACUAGUGAGAAACCGGAGACUGAUAACUGGGAUGCCUGGGCAGCUCAGCCAUCUUUGACUGUUCCCAGUGCAGGGCAGCUGCGGCAGCGAUCAGCCUUUACUCCUGCCACUGUUACAGGAUCAUCUCCCUCUCCUGUCUUGGGUCAGGGCGAAAAAGUGGAGGGGCUUCAAGCACAGGCUUUGUAUCCCUGGAGAGCAAAAAAAGACAACCACCUUAAUUUCAACAAAAAUGAUGUCAUCACGGUUUUGGAGCAGCAAGAUAUGUGGUGGUUUGGAGAGGUUCAAGGACAAAAGGGGUGGUUUCCUAAAUCGUAUGUGAAGCUUAUUUCAGGCCCCAUUAGGAAGUCAACGAGCAUGGAUUCUGGUUCCUCAGAAAGUCCUGCUAGUCUGAAAAGAGUAGCAUCACCAGCAACAAAAGCAACUGUGUCAGGUGAAGAGUAUAUUGCUAUGUAUACUUAUGAGAGUUCUGAACAAGGAGACCUAACUUUUCAACAAGGUGAUAUGAUUCUUGUGACAAAGAAAGAUGGCGACUGGUGGACAGGAACACUGGGUGAUAAAACAGGAGUUUUCCCAUCUAAUUAUGUGAGACUCAAAGAUUCUGAGGCUCCUGGAGCAGCUGGAAAAACGGGAAGCUUAGGGAAGAAACCUGAAAUUGCCCAAGUUAUUGCCUCUUACACAGCAACGGGUCCAGAACAGCUUACUCUUGCUCCUGGUCAGUUGAUUCUUAUCAGAAAGAAGAAUCCAGGUGGCUGGUGGGAAGGAGAGCUCCAAGCACGAGGGAAGAAACGGCAGAUAGGAUGGUUCCCUGCUAAUUAUGUAAAACUUUUGAGCCCUGGUACCAGUAAAACUACACCAACCGAGCUACCUAAAUCAACAACAUUACCUUCAGUGUGCCAAGUAAUUGGCAUGUAUGACUACACUGCACAGAAUGACGAUGAGCUAGCGUUCAAUAAAGGCCAGAUUAUAAACGUCCUUAACAAGGAAGACCCAGACUGGUGGAAAGGGGAGGUGAAUGGACAAGUGGGUCUCUUUCCAUCCAACUAUGUGAAGUUGACAACAGACAUGGACCCAAGCCAGCAAUGAAUCAUAUGUUGUCCAUCCCCCACUCAGGCUUGAAAGUCCUCAAAGAGACCCACUAUCCCAUAUCACUGCCCAGAGGGAUGAUGGGAGAUGCAGCCUUGAUCAUGUGGCUUCCAGCAUGAUCAUCUACUGCCUUCUGAGUAGAAGAACACACUGCAGAGCAGUUUACCUCAUUUUACAUUAGUUGCAUGUAAUCGCAAUGUUUGAGUUAAUUACCUACAGAUAUAGACACAAAAUUAAAAUGAAACAAAAAAAACACAAAAAAUCAGAGGAUAGUGGGUCCUUUUGUGGCUUUCAUAGUUACCAAACUAAUUUUUCCACCUUUGCACAGGUGCUUACAGUAGUUUUAAAAUUAUUUUUAAAUAUAUAUUUUAGCCUUUUAAAGGAAAAGUAUAAAUUAAAUUUCUUCAUUGCAAUUUUGUUUGUGCAAAAAGACCCACUAUCAAGGAAUGCUGCAUGUGCUAUUAAAAUUGUUCCAAAUGUCCAUAAAUUUGAGACUUUAUGUAUCUUUCUUUUUUAUUGUUCACUUGUCCAGUGUUGUCAAUAUGUCUUCCUUUUUUUUUUAACUUUUUUUUUUUUUUAAAUUACAAAAGAACAGAAGGAGUUAAAUCAGUUUAAGGAACUUUAAAUGUGCCCAGUCACAGAUAAGGAAUUUUUUUGUUAUUGUACUGUAUGUAUCAGAUGUUCCUUGUUGAGUGUGUAAUACAUUGUGGAGAGAAGACAUUAACUUCCUUCCAAUGCAAGAGAUAUUCACCUUGCAUAAUGUUGUUAUCCCAGUUACUUUAAUUUUACUUUGCACAUUACUUGUAGCUGCGUACAGUUAGAAAACACCCUGGUUUGUGUUUGUCUCAGAUGUUUCACUUUUUGCAUUUUCGUAUCAGAAAUCAGUAGAAUGCUACAUACGUGUGGGAUUUGAGAACUAACUUCCUUAUUUUCAUCUUGGUUACAUGAAGUUUGAUUUCUCAUUUUUACUUUCUUAUGACUAUGGAACAACACGUUUUGAGCAAGUAAUUUUCUUGACAAGAAAGAAUGUAUAGAAAUAUCUCCCUGCAAUUAAUUUCCAAUGUUUACAUUUUUUUAAAAUAGACUGUGGAAUUUAUACAAAUUAAUAUUAAAUGGAGCUUACAGUCAAGUUUAUGUAGUAGGUGUGCUGUAGCUAAGCCACGUUUGUCUUUCCAGCAUUAGUCACGAGCUCUUGAUGAAAUGCCUGGUGCUGUCAGUGCAGAAUUCCUCUUUUCCCAAUGCCUCAAGCACAAUAUAGCCGUUCUACUAAUUACUUUACCAUUUAGUUAUGUUCUGGUUUAUGUAUUUCAUUUAUUUCUAAAUUUCAUGC